AUGGGAACUUGGUUAACACGUCCAUUAGCAGGAAGGACAAAUACUACUAUAAAUACGGUUGACAAGAAAAGCUUUAUUCCAGCAUUGGGCUACGAUUGGCUGACAUCAUUUUAUGAUUUCACAAUUAAAUUAACAAUGCCUGAAAAAGAAUUCAGAGAGAAGCUCAUUGAUGAAUUAAAACCAAAUGCCGGAGAAGUUAUUUUAGAAUUUGGAUUUGGAACAGGACAGAAUUUACUUCUUGCUUAUGAACGGAACGAUAGAUUGAAACUUAUUGGCGUUGACAUUGAUCCAAAAGUCAAAGCAAUUGCUGAAUAUAAAAUAAAUAAGCGUGGUUUUGAUAUAUCUCUUGACCUUUAUGACGGCAAAACAUUUCCGUAUGCUGACAAUUCAUUUGACAAAGUAUUUAGUUCAUUAGUUUUUCACCAACUUGACAAGGAAACUAAACUGUCCUGUUUGAAAGAAAUUUUUCGUGUAUUAAAACCAAAUGGACAAAUUCUCAUUGGAGAUUGGGGGCAAGCAAAAUCGAAAAUUAUGCGGUUUGCAUUUUAUUUUGUUCAACUUCUUGAUGGUUUUGCAACUACUAAUGAUAAUGUUUAUGGUUUUUUACCGAAAUUUAUCGAACAAGUGGGCUUUAAAAAUGUAUAUGAAUCAGAUUUUAUUAAUACUAAAAUCGGCACUUAUUCAUAUUACGUAGCAACAAAAUGA